UUUCCUUUCCUCAAGAAAAAGAAUUGAUACCCCCCUUUGCUCCUCCUCCUCCUCCCCUUCUCUUCUUCCUUCCCUCUCUUCCUUCAACCUCUCGUCAACUCCCCGUCAGUUUCCUCUCGCCUGCGUAUCAUGCCUACUGGGAACGCCGUACGCGACAAGGAUGCCUUCCCCACCAAACAGCUCAUCGUCCUCGGAAUAUGCCGCUUCUCCGAGCCGAUAGCUUUCAAUUCCAUCCUCGCAUACUCCUCUGUAAUGGUACAGGACUUGGGAAUACCUGAAAAAGAGGCCGCCUUCUACGCCGGUCUCCUCGUCUCCGCCUAUGCCGUCGCCGAAGCUCUCACCGCCCUUGGCUGGGGUGCCAUAUCCGAUGUCUACGGUCGAAAACCUGUCGCCUUGAUCGGUCUGGGAGGUGUCGCCCUGUCGAGUUUGCUUUUUGGUCUCGCGCCCACCUACUGGGUCGCAUUGCUCGCCAGGUUUAUCGGUGGAGCGCUCAAUGGCAAUGUAGCCGUCAUGCAGACAAUGGUAGCCGAGAUGGUGACCAAUCCCGAGCAUGAGCCUCGAGCAUAUGCGACGCAGCCGUUCGUCUGGACACUGGGUGGCAUCAUAGGAUCUGCGAUGGGUGGUUUCCUGGCGCAGCCUGCCAAGUACUACCCUAAUGUGUUCUCCCAAGACGGGAUAUUUGGUCGAUUUCCAUACUUGCUACCGAACCUCUUCGCCGUCGUUUCUAUUGUUCUGGCCAUUAUCCAAGGCAUAAUCUUCCUCGAGGAAACUAACCCUAAUGCUCGUCAGAAUGCAGCCGCAGCAGCUACACCAGCAGCCGCUGAUCACGACGACGACGACGUUGACGAAAGGACCCCUCUCAACCGAGAACACCUGCGCGUACGCGAUUCUGUUUCUCGCCAUUCGCGAUCCUCCCACCACAGCUUCCGCGAGCGUUCCGGUUCGGUUAUCGAGGCCAUUCGGGAAAUCAGGAAGAAGCCCUCGUUCAUGGAAGACAGCAUGCCCCUGCCGAUUGACCAGCGAUUCGACAUCAGGAGGACUUCUUUCGGCACCAUGCAUUCCGUCAAGAUUCCCCACGAGAUUCUCCCGGACAUCGCAUCGACCCCUUCCACCCCCUCGACCGCCAGCAAGAAGCCGUUCAACUUCACAGUCAUAAUGCUCACCAUCUCCCUCAGUAUCAUCGCCUGGCACCAAAUGGCCUACAUUACCAACCUCCCCAUCUACAUCCUCGACGAACCCGUCAAAGCGGGCUUGGAUUUCACGGGCGGUCUCGGCUACGACAUUCACGACGUGGGAACCUACCUGGCGGUCAACGGUGUAAUUGCUCUCUUCAUCCAGGCCGUGAUUUUCCCUGUCUUCGUCCGAAAUGUGGGAGUCUGGUACUCCUUCAUCAUCCCCAUCAUCCUCUACCCGACCACCUACAUCCUCGGCCCCUUCAUCAGCAGCUUCCCCGAGAAGUUGAUCUCCCCGGGCAUCUACCUCACCCUCAUCCUCCAGGCCUUCUUCGGAAUCGUCUCCUUCCCUUGCGCCCUCAUCCUCCUCAAGAACGCGACGCCCUCUCCCCUCGUCCUUGGUCGCGUGAACGGCCUAGCAAUGAGCGCCUGCUGCCUCGCACGUACCAUCUCUCCCCCGCUCGUCGGCCUCAUCUACUCCCUCGGCGGCAGCGCCGCCGCAUGGUGGAGUCUCGCCGCAGCCGCGGGCGUCGGAAUCCUGCAGCUGAUCUGGAUGCCUCGGGAAAAGGUCGAGAGGGUGGAGGUGGACAACGGCUUCAAGGCCGCCCUGGCGAACGGAGACUUCGACGAGGCGAUCGAAGAUGGUAGCAUCAUCGACGGUCACGACGGGAGGGUGUAAUGAAAAAAAUGAGUUCGACAAUCAGACAUAAUUAGCCUCUGUAAUCUGUUUUCCCCUUUCUCUCGCAAAUAAAAUAUCAAUCGGGUAUUUUUUUUUGGUCAUGUUCUAGACUUGCGUUGAAUGCUUCGGUCGUCUGUUCGUUUGUCUGUGAUUGUUCAGCGCGGAAAGUCGAGUAGAUGCGAUGCAGCAUAUCUGGCGUUCCUUACUCUGGCGUUUUUGUUCCACCUUACUGGUGGUCAUCAAUUGCAUAGCUUGCCAGGCAGCCAGUCGGUCACCUA